AAGAAGAUAACAAGAGUACAUAAACGGAGAGGAGAUCCAACCUAGGGCACGCGGCCGCUUCGUCCCCUCCCCACCACCCCCAAAUCGAAGCCCUAAAUCGAUCGAUUGGAGCAAAACCCUAGAAUUCCCCCAUGCUCAGAGCUCCAGUCGCGCAACCCUAACCAGAUCCUUCGAGCUGCCUCAUCUCAAGGUAAGUACUUCGUCUUGUUGAAGAGAAACAAGCGAGGAUGAGCGAGCCUUCCAAAGUGAUUCAUGUUCGGAACGUAGGGCACGAGAUAUCGGAGAGUGAUCUUCUCCAGUUGUUUCAGCCAUUCGGCACCGUCACAAAGCUUGUAAUGUUACGAGCCAAAAAUCAGGCUCUUCUCCAGAUGCAUGAUGUGGCUUCUGCUGUAAACGUCUUGCAAUACUACACUACAGUUCAACCUAGUGUCAGAGGAAGGAAUGUUUAUCUUCAAUUUUCUUCUCACCAGGAAUUGACAACUGUUGACCAAAACUCGCAAGGACGGAAAUCUGAUCAGGAUUCGCAACCCAAUCGAAUCCUCUUAGUAACAAUUCACCACAUGCUCUAUCCCAUAACAGUGGAAGUGCUGCAUCAAGUCUUUUCUCCUCAUGGGUUUGUGGAGAAGAUCGUCACUUUUCAGAAGUCAGCUGGUUUUCAAGCCCUUAUCCAGUAUCAAUCACGCCAGAGUGCUAUACAAGCGAGAAGUGCUUUGCAAGGGCGGAAUAUUUAUGAUGGAUGUUGUCAGCUAGAUAUACAGUUCUCGAAUCUCAACGAAUUGCAAGUCAAUUACAACAAUGACCGGUCUAGAGAUUUCACAAACCCGUCGUUGCCCACUGAACAACGAGGUAGACCCUCACAGCCUGGUUAUGGUGAUGCUGGAGGUUUAUAUGGGCUCCAAGGACCUAGUGCUAGAGUUGCGUAUGGCCAGAUGGGCAAUGCCGCAGCAAUUGCAGCUGCUUUUGGUGGAGGAUUGCCUCCUGGAAUAAGUGGUACCAAUGACAGGUGCACAAUCUUAGCCACUAAUUUGAACACUGAAAAGAUUGACGAGGACAAGCUUUUCAAUUUGUUUUCUUUAUAUGGCAACAUUAUAAGAAUUAAGAUCCUUCGCAAUAAACCGGAUCAUGCGCUUGUUCAGAUGGCUGAUGGGUUUCAGGCUGAACUUGCUGUACACUUCUUGAAGGGAGCAAUGCUAUUUGGGAAGAAAAUAGAGGUGAAUUUCUCCAAGUAUCCGAACAUCACGCCUGCUCCCGACACCCGUGAAUUUGCCAAUUCUAACCUUAACCGAUUUAGCAACAAUAACGCGGCAAAGAACUACCGAUAUUGCUGCGCCCCGACGAAGAUGAUCCAUGUUUCCGCCCUCCCGCAAGAAAUCACGGAGGAUGACGUCAUUGCCCACCUAAGUGAGCACGGCACCAUAGUCAACAGCAAGCUCUUCGAGGUGAACGGGAAGAAGCAAGCCCUAGUUUUGUUCGAGAACGAGGAGCAAGCGACUGAAACCCUAGUUUGCAAGCAUGCGACCUCCCUCGACAGAUCCGUCAUUCGGAUUUCCUUCUCCCAACUGCAGAGUAUUUAGAGAUCCCUCUGAAAGUAAACAUGUGAGAUCAAUGUUGAAGGCUCUCCCUAUCUUCUUUCCUGUUCUUUCUCCACCUUGUACUUUAUGUUAUCACCAAGAACAUUGGAUGCGGGAUUAGAACAACAGCAUAAUUUGGCUUUUCUUUUUUGUUUCCCUGUUUAUGUGGAUUUCUGCGAUAAUUGCGGGACUGUUGCACCUUUAAGUGUGUUACCUUUUUUGUGUUCUA